AUGGAUAAAAACAAUCCAAACAUAAAGGAAUACAUUUUAUCCUAAUUGGGAGAAGAUCCUACCGAGGAGGCGAUAAAAUAAGUUGCUGAAAAAACUUAGGUACUACCAAUAUUGAUAAAAUAAUGGUUGCUCUUUUACAAAAGAAAUAAUUCAUCAUAAAAUGGUUUGGACCUAUCGUCCUAAAAGCUCGAGAGUGUUCCUAAAUUUAAUGGAAAGUUUGAUCAAUGUUAUGAAGUUGAAGACCCCAAUUAUGAACUUAAACAAAAAAAAUAAUUUAUAUCGGACAAUCAUUAGAAGUACACAUCUUAAGAAGACAAAACAAUAGAAAAAUAAUUGAAAGAAGUAGAGAAGGAGAUUAAAAAGAGAAAAAAACUAAUGAAAACUGAUAAGAAAUAAACAGAUCCAUAUUUUAAUGAACUUUAUGCAUCAGAUGAUUUAAAUUAAGAAUCGAGGAGCUAUGAUAAAUAACAAUUUAACUUAAAAGAAUAAUAUAUUAAUGUGCCAAUCUAUUACAUGAUCAAAUUAGAAGAGAGUCUUAUGGAACAAGCCAUUAAUAUCCAUUAAAAAAUAGUAAAAAUCAUAGAGGCAAAAUAUGAUUAUCUUAAUUUAUUAUGA